UCACCAUGGAGGACACUGGAAGUGAUUCUGAGAGCAUCUACAUGAACAUUGAAGAUACUGAGAAGAGUGCCAGUCAGACUAAAGUCAAUAACAAUGUCUACCUCAACACUUCAGCACAGAAACCAGGUUCUCAGGCUGUUUCUCAGGGGAAGCAGGUGCGCUCUGGUAGGCCAGCUGCAGUGUGUCUGGGGCUGCUGUGUGUUCUACUCCUUUUUGUUAUUAUGGGCCUGAGUAUAAAACAUAAAGCAGUGAGAGAGCAGUUACAGAGCAGGUAUAACAACAUGACUAUGGAGAGAGACCAGCUACUGGACGCUAACAGCAACCUGACAUUAGAGAGAAAGAAGCUACAGAGCAGCUAUGAAGUCCUGACCAGGGAAAGAGAUGCACUUCAGAGAAAUCUUUCAGAUUACGAGAGGUUAUUUCUAGAAGGGUGGAAAAAACAUGGAAACAGCUAUUACUACUUGUUAAAUGAGGAGAAGAGCUGGAGUGCAGCCAGGCAGGACUGCUUAAAAAGAGGAGCAGAUCUGGUGAUCAUAAACAGCAGAGAGGAACAGGAGUUCAUUAAGAAGGAAAACAAAUAUGUCUGGAUUGGUCUGAGUGAUGCAGACACAGAAGGACAGUGGAAGUGGAUUGACGGGUCACCACUGACCACUGCAUUCUGGAGGAAUGGUGAACCCAAUGACGCUAAUGGAAAUGAAGACUGCGCUGUUUUCUCUGCCGCUACUCAGACACUGAAGGCAUGGAAUGACAUUCCCUGCUCUUAUACAGCAGGCUGGAUCUGUGAAUCCACACAGCCAUAUUUCAGAAGACUUCAGUAGAUACACCCACAUACAGAGGGUUUUUCUUAUUUUAGGCCUCCUUUUGUCCUAUUUGUAUAAGAGAAGUGAAGAUAUCAAACUUUGAAAUAACAGAUAUGGAAUUAUGCAGUAAUCAUUUAAAAUAUAUGUUUUAGAUUCUUAAAAGAAGCCAAUUUUGCCUUAUUGUCAACUUUAUGCAGUCUUGGCCUUCCUUCAGGCAGCUUUAUGAGAACUGAAGGUGUGCCACAUAUGCAGAGACAGUGUUGGCUGCUAACUCAUGUUAGAGGGCCUUACAUUAAGAAAACAAUCAUUUAAAAUGUUUACAUUUUACAAAGAAAUUCUUACAUAGGCUUGACCUGCACUUUACUUGUUUAGCUCACACUGUUUCAAGCAUUUAAACACAAGCCUGUACAUCAAAAUAUCUUCAAGAUUAUGAUAAACAUUCAUUGGGGUGUAUCUAA